AGAUUUUUUCUUGGUUACUCUUUUUUUUUUCUUCACACCGUACCCAUUUUGUGAUUGGUUAAAUCUGACACUCACGUGAGCAUCGAAACGUAAUAUUUCUGUGAUAUUCCUGUGGCGUUUGCACGAAAAUUCAAUAAUUCAUGAGAAAGAUGGCAAAUAAGCAAGAAGUCUUGGCCAUUUGCAUGUUACUGGCGGCCGUCUGUUGUACCUCCAUCGCUCUUGAAUGCGUUCCAGCUGAAGGAUAUGAGAGCUGUGCGUGCUAUAUGGAAGGAGUAAACAACACCAGGGAAUAUAUCAAUCUUCUACCCUUGAAGGGUAAUUCUUCGAACCCAAGGUUUACUACCAAGCCUGUUAAUGAAAACUUCUGGUACUAUCUUUACAGCCCGUGUGCCGAGUUCAAUGAGUUUGUUGGUCAAAACCAAACUGGUUAUUUACCAUGUGUUAAUGCAUCCGUUGCAAGAAUGACAAAUCUGUCUACACACAGAUGUGAAAGUCUCGGUGACAAAGCCAGUGCAACAUUUAAAAGUGCCAACAUUAGUGAGUUCAUCAAAUCAAAUCUUACCUUAAAUUUUAGGAGUAGCCAAGCUCAACAUCACUCAGCUGUGAUUUCAUUAAUUUGUAGUGACUCAAUGCCAAACAAUGAGUCCAUUUUGGAAUAUGUUGGUACACAGAAUAACCUAACAGACACAUAUUAUCUUUCAUUGACCAGUAAGUGUUGUUGUCCAGGAAAAUGUGGAAUACCCCCAGUUCCUCUCAGGACAACAGUUCCUCUCAACACAACCACAAAAGCACCAGAAACACCAACAGCGGCCAAGCAGUCCGGUAAUAAAGGACUUAAAACCUGGGAAAUAAUUGCGAUCGCCGCUGGUGGUGUCCUCCUCGUGCUGUUAAUUGUAGGAGUGUAUUGCUGUUGCAGAAACAGAGCUGGAUACCAAACGAUCUAGGGCUCCAUUCACACAGAAACAUUUCCAUCUGAAAACUAAUAUAUUUUUACAUAUUUUGCCAUUUGUCUACUCGUAAACGGUAUAUGUAAAACGUAUGUUUCGUAAACGCCCUCAAAGGGGAUAAAUUAGUACAAGAUAAACUAUGAAAUAACGAAUACGUUAACUUUGUAAACGCUGACGUCACAAUAAUUACGCGUGCUCAGCAUCAGUCUUGUAAUGUUACGUAAUUUACGCGUCUGCAAUGUCUGCAAUGUCUCCAAUGUCCUGUCUGCAGUCUCCAAUCUCGUUCCCAGGGUCCUCUCUCUACCUCGAGACCUAGGAAAGAGGUUGGUCAGUCUCGUAUGCGAGAAACGCAGGGUUGCUACAGGUCACGAAGUGAUCAGGGAAUAAACUUCUUCAAGGUCAGGGAAAAGUCCACUCAGGGAAUUUGAUUUUGAGUCAGGGAGAAUUGACUGAAGAAAAGUCAUGCCAGGAAAAUUGAAAUAGUUUAACAAGGCUGGAAGAAGCAUUUGUGGUCACUGUGAUCUCAACGAUGUUUUACCGUAAUGUAGAAGGAAAAUUUGAUGAAAACUUAUCAGUUUUUAUGAAUGAGUGGAAAGAACGGCUGUAAGGGGAGACUAGAAGCCGUUACUAGAUCUGACAUUUGGUACCCACCAUUAAGAGAUUUCCUUCAAGCAAAACUCGACAGAGAAAUGGUCGUUUUCUCCUAAACGAACACGGUGACCCUAUCAUUUGAGCGCAGGUCCUUGGGACAUUUUUGCUAUGCACACAUGCAGCGAAUUCUUUCAUUUGUUUCAUAAUCUUUAGUCCUUUUCAAUUAAACUAGUUUAUAAUGUAGGUAAGACUAUUUUGUUAAAUGGCUGUAGUGGUUUAGUGCGAGAAACGACUUUUCUAAAACUAUAGUUGCAUGGAAGAUCAUUCUCGCGUAAGCUGUUAGUGUGGUCUCUUCGUGUAUUGCAUUCUUAACCUUCUAUUUCUGAUUAUAACUUAAUAGUGUUUAUUUAAAAAAAUAAAAACAAUAAAAACAGGAUUAAUACUA